AUGGGAUUCAUCGAAAGAAUAAAAGCCCAUGUCGAAAUGUGGAAAAUUGAAAAAUAUACAAAGCGGCGACCGGUAGAUACCCCAGAUUUCGAACAAAAAGAUCGGGAUUUUUAUGAUCAAUAUUAUAAGGAUGGCGUCUACUUACAUCAUCAUCAGCGCGAUGCGAAUGACCCAACACAACACUUUCCUUCUUCUCCUGGUGGGAAGGGGCUGGCCAGAAAGACUACCUUGCUACGUUCCAAGAGUGAAAGACUUGUUCGGUCUUCUGAAAAGUAUAAUAUAUUAAAAACAAAUACAAAAACAAACAACCUUAAAGAGUAUACCUUUGGCACGAUUACUGCCAAUAAUUGGAGUUUUAACUUGCUUAUGCGCUUAUAA